ACCAGCUCCCGGUUUGUUAGGGAGGAGGGGAAGUAUAUUUCAGUCCCCUAAGAUUGCUGUCUUGCCUGCUUGCUUGCUUUUUUUUUUUUUUUUGGUGAGACAAAUUCUCUCCCACCCUUAUUUUGCAAAACAUCAGAGUGGUGGAUUCUUCUCUGAAAGACUUGAUCUAACAACGCUGUGUGGGAGGAUCUAGCUCCCUAGUCCUGUAUCUGACCCCGGCUGGGGGCUGGUGUAGAUCAGAGUGGGUGAUUUGUUCUGUUUCUUUUCCUGAUGCUGUUCUGCACAUAAAAGGAGGAGCAGCUCCCGAAGAGGCAUGGCAUGAACUGGAAGCAGCUGCUGGAGAGUGACCGUAGAAGAUGUCGAACCAGAGUACUGGUGACACCAAGCCCCCAUGUUUACCCCGGAAUGGAUUGGUGAAGAUCCCCAACCAGCCCAAUGGACUUGGCUCUGCCAGCAUCACCAAAGGGACACCAGCAGUGAAAAACCGGCUGUGCCAGCCUUCUUCCAUGCCUGCUAUCAUCAGCCCAGCCUUAUCCAAUCACAGUGACCUUCCUAUACCCAGUCUGGCAUCACCACUGUCCUUGGCAACUCUGGCAGGGGUGCCAUCCCCUUCCAGCACCUCCAUGGUGGGACUGAACUUGAGUGAGGCCUCCCCGACAAAUGAGCACCCUUCCCCAGAGAGGCACCCUGGCUCCCCCACAGAAAGGCAGCUUGCUGUGGAUGAGAAGAUCCUCAACCGCUUGUUCUGGUACUUUUCAGCCUGUGAGAAAUGUGUCCUGGCCCAGGUGUGUAAGGUGUGGAGGCGGGUCCUGUACCAGUCCAAGUUCUGGGUAGGCCUGACACCAGUGCUGCACACCAAAGAGCUCUACAACACCCUACCCAGCAGUGAGAAGGAGUUUGUUAACCUCCAGGGCUUUGCUGUACGGGGCUUUGACAGCUUUUGUUUGGUGGGGGUCUCGGACCUGGACAUUUGUGAGUUCAUUGACAACUACCCCCUGUCCAAGAAAGGGGUGAAGUCCAUGAGCCUUAAGAGAUCGACCAUCACGGACGCAGGGCUUGAGGUUAUGCUGGAGCAGAUGCAGGGCGUGGUGCGCCUGGAGCUCUCUGGCUGUAAUGACUUCACAGAAGCCGGCCUGUGGUCAAGCCUGAAUGCUCGCAUCACCUCCUUGAGCGUCAGCGACUGCAUCAAUGUGGCUGACGAUGCCAUAGCUGCCAUCUCCCAGCUGCUGCCCAACCUGACUGAGCUCAAUCUGCAGGCCUACCAUGUGACAGACACGGCCUUGGCCUACUUCACUGCCAAGCAGGGCUACACCACCCACACCCUGCGCCUCAGCUCCUGCUGGGAGAUCACCAACCAUGGAGUGGUCAACAUGGUGCACAGCCUGCCCAACCUGAGUGUGCUGAGCCUCUCUGGCUGUUCCAAGGUGACUGAUGAUGGGGUGGAGCUCGUGGCUGAGAACCUGCGGAAGCUGAGGAGCUUGGACCUGUCAUGGUGCCCUCGGAUCACUGACAUGGCCCUGGAGUAUAUCGCCUGUGACCUGCAUAAACUGGAGGAGCUCGUGCUUGACAGGUGUGUGCGGAUUACAGACACUGGACUCAGUUACUUAUCCACCAUGUCAUCCCUUAGGAGCCUGUACCUCCGCUGGUGCUGCCAGGUACAAGACUUCGGCCUGAAGCAUCUCCUGGGCAUGAGAAGUUUGCGCCUGUUAUCUCUUGCUGGCUGCCCGUUGCUCACCACCACUGGGCUCUCAGGCCUUGUCCAACUUCAAGACCUGGAGGAGCUGGAGCUGACCAACUGUCCUGGCGCCACACCCGAGCUUUUCAAGUAUUUCUCCCAGCACCUGCCGCACUGCAUGGUCAUCGAAUAAGCAGCCCCAGGGAUUAGCCAACCUUUGGAGCUGUCCCCUCCAAUCCCAACCCAGCACUGAUCAACCAACCAGAGCUAUCAUUUCGUUUUAAUUUUAUGUUUUGGGAGAGAUGUUGAUUUAAACCACCCGCCAUGUAUACAGCAAUCAGGAGUUAGUUAAUCACAUCAAUGCAUUGGAUGAGGACACCUAGAGAGAGGGAUAUAUGCUGUCUCCAUAGAGAUGGGCAUCCACCUGUUCCAUAAGACACAAUCUCCUGCAAGAAUCUCUCUGAAAAGUUUGUAAAUUUUCCACACCAUCACUCAUCUUCUUUGUAAUGGUCUGUCCUGAAAAAAAAAUUAUUUAAAAAUCACAGCUAAACAAAAUACCAACGAAAAACGAGCAAACAAAACAAAGUGAAUAAAUGACCACGAUUGGAGAGUUGGGGCAGGUUGGCACAGUUUCAUGUCCUGCGUAGUGUCCCUCCUCAGUGCUGGAUCCCAUGUGGUUUCUGCCAAAUGUCUCAUGUCACAGCAGUUAGAAGUUCUUUCUGAGACCCCCACAUUUCUGUGGGGCUUGGCAGUGAAUCUGGGGGAGGGGCCUAAUUGGAGCUCCUCCCCAUUCUGGAUGGUUGAAACCAGUGUUUCCAUCAUAGCAUAUGUUGGCAGGAGCUGAGCCAGAAAGCUAAGAAGAGAAGAGGAGAAUCCUGAGGGACAGAAAGACUUGAAGGAGAAAGGAUGAAUUUCCUGAUGCCGUGUGCUAGCUCUGUCUCUUAAUUACUUCAGCGGGACACUGCAGGGUCUGCCACGCUGGAGACAUUUUAAAAAAUAAACUGACCAGUGCUGUGAAAGAGAAGCACGGGGCCUGUUCUGAGGCUUUUGGCAGGCCGGCUGCCUUCUGCUUCAGAAGAUGGAGCUGAUAUGUUGACCGUGAUUGUAUUGUUUUCACUGAAAGUACGGAUCCGUGAGCAAAUUUCCUGAGACACAAACAAACCCACCUCCCCACCCAAUCCUCUGAAAACCCAGUAACCCCAAGGUCACAUGAUCUUGGGUAGACAGUUGCCUACUGCUGUUUUCAUUUUGUUAAUAAGAUGUUCUUCUCAGAACAGCCUGCAGCCUUCGCAUGCUAGCUUGCUUCAGUCUUGUGGUAAGGUAGGUUCUGGAAUGUGCAGGGGCUGGGAGGGCCUAUGGAGCAGCCCUCUGCCCAGCUCCAGUUCUCUUCCAGUGUGAAGCUGGUGUGGCUUUGUAUCCAAUCCACAUACAUUUAUUGGAGUACAGGUUUAACUGUGGUAGCUGGGAGCCUAGAGUAGCUCCCCCUCCUCCACCAGCCUGAGCCUCCUUCAACUAUCUCCCUUCUAGAGCUGGAGGCUGGAGGCUGUAGAAGGGGUGAGAAAGCUAUGGUGUCCUACUGGGCUUGAUUUGUGUGGCAGUAUGCCUUAUGCCUGGCAGCAUCUUUCCCCAGGCCCAGCUUGAGGCCAGCUCACUUCUAGGACAGAGGGAAGGCAGGCAGCAUGUCAAUCAGACCAGUCUGGGAUCCUACUAGGGCAGUGGGCCCUAAACUUUGGGGUAUGCCCCCCGGGGGGGGUGCAUAGGAACAUCUGGGGGAAGCGGCAGGGCCACUUAGCUCUGCUGUGGCCCCAGCUCAUCUCUGGCCCUACCCAACCCCAGCCCCAGUUGUAGCCCCCAGCCCCAGCUUAGGGUUGCCAGGGUAUUCACAGUAACCAGCCUCUGCCACUAGCGGGGGCAGGAAGAGCAGCAGCUGCUGCUGGAGUCUGGAGGAGCACUCAGCAACUGAUCCAUCCAAGAGAGGUUCACCCUUGGAGCGUGGCUUCCCCUCCUCUGUCCUGCCCCACUCACCCCUCCAACCCUGGAGCGUGGCUCUCUCUCCCCUGUCCUGCCCCACUCAUUGCCCACCCGUUGAACAUCGCUCCUUCUCCCACGUCCUGCCUCACUCACCCCAUCUCUGGGGGCCCUGGACCGAGUAAGGAGGAGGAGGUGCUUUAAAAAAGUUUCGGGACCACUGUACUAGGAUUACCACCUUUUCAAAAUGGAACACAUGCAGGAGUCAUGCCCUCUUCAGUGGCCCCAGCCCCUGCUCUUCCUCUUCCCGCUGAGGUCCCAUCCCCUGGGCAGGCCAGAAGCCAGAGCCAGGCAGGGGUAAGAAGAGACACCCAGGGAAUCAGGGCUGCUGUGGGGAGCCCUGGGCCUGUGUCCCCACCCCCUUGGGGCAUGCUGUCCAGGACAGGUAGAAGGUCUGGUGCUCCCUACAGCAGCUCAGACUCCCUGACUGGCGCUUACUACUGCCCAUCCUGGCCAGCAGUAGAGUCUUGGGGGGGGAAGAGGAGGAGCAGGAGCAGGACCUCAUGGUGGGGUGGGGCUAAGAUCCAUCUCAGCCCCCUGGGAAGGCUGAACCUCAGGCAGGGGCAGAGCAGCACUGUUGGGAAUCCAGGAAAAAUGUUGUCCUGGAGUCAUUCAGCCCAGAACCAAGUCUUGAAUUCCACAUUUCAGGACUGUACUGCCCAGUUCAGGACAGGGGGGUCACCCUAGGUCCUGGCUUUCCUCUUCUUGCUACUCUGCCCUCCAGACCACUUGUGGUUCCAAAGGAGAGGCUUUCCCAUGCUGUUCUCAGGUAGCUACCACUUUGACCAGCUGGGCCUUGGCUCCAAGGAGCCCUUUACAUCUCCCUGUAGCCUACUCACCGUCAUAAGCUGCCAGCAGGGUCCCCUGCCCCCGAUCCAUCAGGAGGCACCCAGGGCUCCAGUGCCUGAGCAGCAUCUGGGUGCUUGGACAGUGUCCCCUGUGCUGCAGUCAGGUCCCAAUCCAGGAGGGGCUGGGGGACCUGAGAGAGGAAAGAGUGUCUGAGCUGUUCUGUCUGCAGCCCAACCAGCUCUCAUCAGCUGGGCUCUUUAGUCUUCUGGGGAUGAAAUCUCUUUUGUUUGGGGGGAAGUGAGGGCCAAGGAGACCCAUCAACUUGUGGGGAGCCAGGCUAUCUUCCAAUCACUGCUCAUUCCAGUGCCAGUGCAUUUCUGCUCCAGUU